GGAGGGUGAUGUUGGGGCUGUGUGGGAUCACUGCACACAGAGGAGGAGAGAAAGGAGGGAAGAGCACAGGGAGCGACAGAGAGAGAGAACGAGCCAGAAGAAAGGGAGCGGGGGAGACAGACGACAAGGAGGCUGACACACAAUCAUCAUCAAAACCACAGCAACGCAAGAAAAAUGCCAAAUUUCGAAGGCACCUGGAAAAUGAAAAGCAGCCAUAAUUUUGAGGAGUUGCUGAAAGCCCUGGGUGUGAACCCCAUGCUGAGGAGGGUAGCAGUGGCGGCUGCCUCCAAGCCCCACGUGGAGAUAAAGCAGAACGGCGAGCACUUCUACAUCAAGACUUCAACCACCGUCCGCACCACAGAGAUCAACUUCCACGUCGGAGAGGAGUUUAACGAGGAGACGGUGGACGGGAGGAAGUGCAAGAGCUUGGCCACUUGGGAAACAGAAAACAAGAUUUACUGCAAACAGACUCUACUGAGCGGGAACGGUCCAAAGACCUUCUGGAGCCGAGAACUCAAAGGGGAUGAACUCGUACUGAUUUUCGGAGCCGAUGACGUGGUGUGCACGAGGAUCUACGUACGAGCAUAGCAGGCGUCCUUCAGACUCCAAACUUCCUCCAAUAAAUAAUUUUUCAGUGUCUGAACUGUCAGUGUAACAAUCUUCACAUAAAAAUCUAAUAAUCUGUCUGAAAUCUUCAUAUUCUGUGUUUUGAAUCUUCAUGAAAAUCACAUACUGACAUUGGAUAUUACCACUUUUCUUUCCUUUUUGUAUGCAAGUUUUCUAACAUUGAAAAUUAAACAAUCAAAAAGCAUAAUUUCUUUUUUGUUAUGGCAUUCAAUCUUUAGAUCUUGGGAGAGUAAAAAAGGAUAAAUUGCAUUAGUUUCAUAACACAAACACAAAAGGCAGAAAUGAAGAAAGAAUUGGCCGAGUGAGCUUCCGUCUAUUUAAAGGAUAGUUUAAUGCCAAACACCAUACUAACACUCAUGUACAACAUCAUAAAAGUCAAGAGAAGAGACACAUUAAACGAGGUACAAACCAUGUCUUUAUGUACAAUCAACUCUGCGGGACUUCCUGUGGUGUUCCAUAUUAAACACAGUAAAUAUAUAAAAAUAAAAACCCAAGUAAUAAACUGUUCCAAGAUUGUCUGUAGCUGGUUCGGUUACUGACCGUCGCCUUUAAAAUGGAGAUCAGGAAAAUGUUGAUGGAUGAAAGUUUUCUUUUUAAAAUCAGGCGGCUUUCUUUUAUAUUAUUUUCCAUCCUGCUCGAUCCAUACGUGAAAAACUAUAAAAGUAUCUGGCUGCUCUACUAAAGUUAACGUUAAGAAAGGAUUGUUUCUUAUACGUCUUUACAGCCUUCAGUGUGAUACCUCCUGAUCUAACGUCACCUGGAAUAUCACCAGUUCAAUUCAACAAACUGCAGACGGGGAAAAGGCGAUACAAAUCCUCAGUUUACGUCCCUCUUUUAAAGGAAAUACAACAUUCAUUUGUAUUUGAGCAAGAAAUACAAACAGAUAGCUUUGAUAAAUGACUGAAUGAAUUAUUGCUCGUUUGUUUUUAUAAUUUUUAAACUGUAUACAAGUCACAUUCACGUAUUCGCGUUACUAUACAUUAGGUCAGUAUUCGUCGUCAAUACUGGACCAAACGGAUACACUGUGCGAGCACUGAACCUGUCGUACAGAUUCAAACCAUUUGGUUAAAGUUUAAAUACAAGAAAAAGUUGAUGGUACUGUUAAGACU